AUGCCCACAAAACGUCGUGCGCCGGAUUCCCCGGUCGCUGAACGUCCUACACCUUCGAAACGACCGUCAAUACAAGACCCCCGGAAUCCCGGAACACAUAAAUUUCGAGGAUGUUCGUCACGUACGGUUUACAAGCAGAUUAACAAACUUGGAGAGGGGACAUUCGGAUUGGUGUACAAAGCCGAGGAUACUAGAAAUGGUGCAAUGGUUGCAAUGAAGCAAUUCACUGUCACCAAUGAGAAAGAAGGGUUCCCAAUUACUGCGCUUCGAGAAAUAAAAUAUCUAAAGCAACUACGACAUAAAAAUGUGAUUCCGCUACUAGAAAUGGCAGUAGAUAAACCGACGAGAGGGAAGGAUGGACAGAAACGAGGGGUUAUAAUGAUGGUUACCCCAUAUAUGCAUUACGACCUUUCGGGGUUGCUUGAGAACCCACAAGUCAACCUAACCGAGGCUCAGAUUAAAUGCUUUAUGCUGCAAUUGCUUGACGGCAUCAAAUAUCUCCACAAUAACAACAUCCUACACCGAGACAUCAAAGCCGCCAACUUGCUCAUCAGCAACAAAGGCAUCCUACAGAUAGCAGACUUUGGAUUAGCAAGACGAUUUGACGAACCCGCGCCGACCCCUGGGUCUGGAGGUGGUGUUGCGAUGAGGCAGUACACGGGCAAUGUUGUGACAAGGUGGUACCGCGCGCCAGAGCUAUGUCUUGGAGAACGAAACUACACCGCAGCGGUUGACAUCUGGGGAGUCGGAUGCGUAUUUGCAGAGAUGAAAAGAGGGAAGCCGAUUUUGACAGGAAACAGUGAUACACAUCAAAUCGAACUUAUAUUCCAACUUUGCGGUUCUCCGACUGAGAGAAAUAUGCCGGGAUGGGAGAGACUUCCCGAUGCUAGGCUCGUCAAGACCUUCCCCAACCAUCAUCGUACCUUGGAGGCGCAGUUUAAUAUACUUGGGAGCUCGGGAGUCGCACUCUUAUCGGAACUUCUUAAACUUGACCCACGUAACCGCAUAAAUGCAAUGGACGCCUUGGAACACGAAUAUUUCAAAUGCGAUCCACGCCCCUCUAGGCCAUCCGACCUGCCCGAAUUUGAAGAUAGCCACGAACUCGAUCGUCGUAAGAAGGGAGGCCAGAGGCCAUUACCGCCUGCACCUGCGGGAGGGACUGUCGGGGUUGGGCCGUCAGCUGAUUGGAGCGGUGAGAUACCGGUACCUUAUGUGAAUGGUAAUGGGCGACAUGUCAGACCACCACCGCCACCACCCGGCGGUAGACGGCCAGCGUGGCAAAAGGACGGCGAAAGAGGGGAAACGAGGGAUGUAAGAGCGCCACCACCUGAAGGCGGUGCCCACGGACAUGGGAGACAGGGGAAGGGGGGAAAAGACAAAACCGAUACAUACAUACCAUCGUAUAGGAGCGAUGGUAGUAGGCCACCGAGGGAUGACCGGCAACCGAGGGAUGACCGACAACCGAGAGAUGACCGUCAGCCGAGAGACGAUAGGGAUUGGAGAGAUGGUCAUGAGAGGCGGAGAGACGAAAGAGGUAGUGUGGGCGGCGGUGGCGGCGGUGGUAGAGGAGGCGGCGGGGGAGAUAGAAAUCGAGACAGAGAAAGAGAUAGAGAAAGAGAGCGCGAGAGAGAGCGCGAGAGAGACAGAGAGCGAGCAAGAGAGUGGAGGAGAUAG